CUCACACACACAGCGGCCUUCUCUCUCCUUUAUCCGUUCUCCGACACUCUUCUCCCCAGGACGCGAGGCGUAUCCCUGGCAAUUGGCCGGGCCAGUUCACAGCGUCGGCAGUCCGAGGCCCUGACGGCGCAUGGCGGGGCCGGGCCACGACGAGGCUCCCCUAUGGCGGCGGUGGGAGGCGAAGCCGGGCCACGUCGGCAGCGACGCGAGGCCAGUGCCGCGGCGGCAUGGGGCCGGCCCGAUGCCGCGCUGGAGACGGCGGCAGGUGGCGGUGGAGGGGGCGGCGGAUACGGAGGGGCCGUGGCCCUAGGCGCCUACGACCACGGCAACUGUGGCCGCCCCACCUUCUGCCUCCGCCCGAUCGCCACCAAGGUCCCCGUCGGCCCAUGGUUCUGCCCGGACUGCGCCCCGCCCCUCAAGCACUUAAAAAAUGUUAGAAGGAGAAGGAAACGUUCACUCGUUAUGCACAAGAAGUGGAGGAGGAUACUGCCAUUUGUCCCAACUGAAGAUAGAGCUACUAGACUCAAAUAAAUGGCUUCUCUGGCCACUGCUUGGGCAUCUUCAAAUGCAGAGUUCAGUAAUGAAUUGACAUACAUCACUCACAUGUCUCCUAGAUCUUCCAAUCAGGCGAGAUUUGAGGAAGGUGGUAUCCAGGUUCUUCACAAAGAGGAUAAAGAAACCAUGGAGCUGUGUAGAACCAUGCAACAAAGAGGCCAAUGCCCUCCACUUCUUGUGGUUUUUGAUUCCCAUCAAGGUUUCACUGUGCAGGCUGAUGCAAAUAUUAAGGAUAUGACCUUGAUAGCUGAAUUUGCUGGAGAUGUUGAUUAUUUGGAGAAAAGAGAAAAUGACGAUUGUGACUCUCUUAUGACACUCCUUUGGACAGCUGAUCCUUCCCAAAGGCUGGUCAUUUGCCCGGACAAACGUGGAAACAAUUCUCGCUUUAUGAGCGACAUCAAUAACCACACACCAUAAGUAGUGGACUUUUUGUUGGUAUCCUAGUGUUCUCACCUUAAAUAAAGGAUGUGGUACUGUAUUGUUUCUAAAGUUCGAAACCCUUAAAUUGAUGAAGGGAUGGAAAGAAGAAGCAAAAUGUCAAAUUUGUGGGUUACAACAUUGAUGGGGAGAGCCAUAUAUUGUUGGUGGCCUGCCGUGAUAUAGCUUGUGGAGAAAAGCUAUAUUGUGACUACAAUGGAAAAGAAACUUUCUCAACA